AUGGCUGCCGGAAGGUUACUGCUCUACACGGGCCUCUCGCUAGCGCUCUGCGCCCUGGGCAUGCUGGCUGUGGCCAUCUGCUCCGACCACUGGUACGAGACCGACGCUAGGAAGCACAGGGACAGGUGCAAGGCCUUCAAUACUCGCCGGGUUGACCCUGGCUUUAUUUACAACAACAACAACAACUUGCCGCUCCGGGCCAGCCGCUCACGCCUGGACCGCUGGGAGGGCAAACUCCUCCGGGCCCGGAAUCGCCGGCAGCUCUUCGCCAUGAGCCCCGCGGACGAGUGCAGCCGACAGUACAACUCCACCAACAUGGGCCUCUGGAGGAAGUGCCACCGGCAGGGCUUCGACCCGGAGAUCGCUGCCCUCAUUCGGAAAGGAGAAAUUGAGCGCUGCACGUACAUCAAGUACCACUAUUCCUCAGCAACCAUCCCCAGGAACCUCACUUUCAACAUCACCAAGACCAUCCGUCAGGACGAGUGGCAUGCCCUGCACCUGCGCAGAAUGACGGCCGGCUUCAUGGGCAUGGCGGUGGCCAUCAUCCUCUUUGGCUGGAUCAUCGGUGUGCUGGGCUGCUGCUGGGACCGAGGCCUUAUGCAGUAUGUGGCAGGGCUUCUCUUCCUCAUGGGAGGAACCUUCUGCAUCAUUUCACUGUGCACCUGUGUGGCUGGGAUCAACUUUGAGCUGUCACGCUACCCACGCUACCUGUAUGGACUCCCCGAUGACAUCAGCCAUGGCUAUGGAUGGUCCAUGUUCUGUGCGUGGGGGGGCCUGGGCCUCACGCUAAUCUCGGGAUUCUUCUGUACCUUGGCCCCUUCUGUCCAACCUGUCCCGAGGACCAACUGCCCUAAAUCCAGACCCGAGAAUGGGACAGUGUGCUAA